UUAGUACUUACAAUGGCGUUACCGUCUGCGGUCAACAUACAAUAACAUUCAAGUCAGUGAACGCGCGACGCACAACAAGUCGAAUUCGUAUAAAUACUUGUUAGUUUAUUAAAACGUAAUCGAUCAAAAGUGUAACGAUGUCCUCUACAAGUGCCAACGCUAUUCCAGCGCUUGCAAAGAAAAGUGUCAAGGCUAGAUUCUGCAACACUAAAAACGACUUGCUAAAGCUACGUGAGCACUUGAGAAAGAGAUGUAAGCAACGAAUGAACCAACAACGCGAAGAACUGUUGAACCAAAAGAGGUUUGGUGUAACUACUGAUGAUGCUGUGCUAAACAAACUGAAGGAAAUAUUUCACGCAGAAAUGAAAAAUUUAGUCGUAACAGAACGUUAUAAGAUACCUACAGAAAGAGUCGAUGAAAUUUUGACUCAACUUUCCACAAACGUUGCAGUUGAACCUCAAUCCGCAGAAGAAAAAUUAAUCAUUGAAGAAUAUAAAAGUUUCAAAGAUUUACUAGACGAAUCAGAUGAGGAGGAAAAAUAAAUAACUCUGUUAGUGGUUAUCAAUUGGCAGUAUUUUAGAAGAAUUCUCAAAGUAGUUUGUUAAUGUUUUUUUACUUAUAAUUGUUCAGUUUGCAUGUACCUACUGCAUUUAAAAGUCUUAAAUUUUUAAGUCUCUUAGGCCUCAUAAAAUGGAGCUUAUAGAUUCUUAAAAAUUAAAAGUAUUUCUUUUGUCUCUUGCAUUAAUAAGAGAUAGUAUACAGAUUCCACAAGACUAAUGAUUUAAAAGAGAAGUAUAUGUAUUUUGUGAUAGAAAAAGAAUUUAAACUGUGACCAAAUUUUUCCAAAGGUAGAUCUUUUAUAAAUAAUUCAAUAUUCUUAUAUAUAUAUAUUUAAUUUUUAUUUAUAUUUGUAUUAUCUGUGAUUCGAUUAUGAGUAAUUUAUUAACUUUAGUUGUGUUUAAAAUUUAGUUGAUUCUAUGUAUUGAAAAUAGUACUUUAUAGGCUCAGUGCUUCACGAUACAUUUAUUAAUGUAUCUUUCUUUUUGGAAUACUAUACAAAAUUUCAAAUGUACAUAUAAUACUAUUCUAAAAAGUAAAAUUGUUGGAAAAUAUUUUUUCUAGAUUGAGAAAAAUUGGUUGCAUUAAAAGCCUAAGACCUGUUGAGUACUUUUUUCAUUAAGAUUAACACAUCAGUAAAGUUGUUUGAGAUUAAUACUUUAAAAUAUUACAUUAGAUGUACACAGUAUCUCAUAAUUUUGAAUAAGUUUUUUUUCUUAUGUUCUUAAAAAAGUUACAAAAGAAAAUCGUAAAUAAAAUAAUAUAAAAAGCGUAUACAAGUUUUACCAUACAUAGAAAUAUUUUUUAAUGUUGAUUUACAAUAUCCAUAUCCUUACUUGCAAAAAUAGUGUAUGUACAAACAUUAGAUCACAACAGCAAGGAUAUCCGGCGUUCUGUAUAAAUUUCUUUAUUUGUUCAUCUUAUGCAUAACAUACUUAUGUCGUAAAUAAUAAAUUUAAAUUUACAUGA